AAUAUAUUCAAAUUUCGUCUACCGAGCACGUCACGACGAAAGAGGUGGAAGCGGAGGGGCUGGAAUAAUUGUAAGAUUUGGAAAAAGAAAAUGGAAGGAGUUCGAAAAUUAUCGUUGCAUCGUUCGAAGGCCGACACGCGUACGACGGCGUCUUAAAAUUCCAUAGAAUGUUACUACGUAUGUAUGUACGCAAAAUCGUGAAAAACUUAAUCGCGCGCUCAUAAUAAUAACAAACAAAAUAGAGAACGUGACGACAAUCGCGCCACUGGAAUCCCGCGAAUCGAAAGUGACCGAAAAAUCCCGGUAGUGGCGCCAUCCUAUCUGCGUACCCGUCGUUCAAAUCUCGCGCCACGCGGAUAAACAAACUCUCGUUUUUCUAGCUACCACUAAAUUCUUUUUCAAUUCACUCUCGUUUGCACGAUGCGCGGAACGCCACGAUGGAAUUUAUUACCAUUGAUCGUUCGAGUCACUUGAUUAUGACAAAACGAAGGACUUUUUUUUUUUUUUUUUCUUUUCUCACUUCGAUGCAUACUUUCAUCUCACACGUGUGUUGAUUCAGGUGUGUAAUAUUGAGUCCCACAGGUACGCACGUUCCUGUAAUCUCUCUGCACGUAAUAUCGCUAGCGAGUAAGCUGAGUUUCGGACGGACGGUCCCGGAGGAGCGAUAGUUCCGGGAUUUUUUCAAGGUGAUGGAAAAUCGGCGAUGACAUUGGGUUCGUUCGACGGCCCUUUUUACCGCCGGUCCCGGUACUCGUUGUCGGUCUCUGGGUAUAAAAUAUUACGAUAAUCGAAACUACUCUACUGCGCAGCAGCUGGCGGCAACGGCUAUCAAUAGCGCACACGAGCAGCAAAAGCAACAAGAAAGCGAGCGAGCAAGCAAGUAGCAACGCCGAUACAGCCACGAGGCAUUUUUGUUUUUAGUUGUCCGAACUUUGUGUGCGACGGAUGUUAGGAGCGGCACGGUCAGCAACGGCACAGCAACGAGCAACAGCUGAAUUUCGAAGCACCGCGGAUGAUCCCAUACCAAGGAGGAGCCAAUGCGAGAGAGACUCGUUGAAGUUUAAGAUCGUCGAACCUAAAACGCACACGUUUCUUUCGAAAUUAGCCCCGUGCGUCACGUGAUCCAGUAAUAAUAAACCGUGUUUUUAAAAAAAUAAAAAUAAAAAUAAAAAAAAAAAACAACUAUCGCCAACGAGGUUAUAUUUUAAAACAAUACCGUAAUAUAAGACUGUGCUACGAUUUUUCCCUCCUUCGAAUACGCUCUUGUUAUUGUUUCGUUCUUUACUCCGUUUUUUUUUCUUUUUUUUCUACCUUCGUAGUAUAAAAUAAUUGUUAGUAAAAUAUGUCUGCGUCACCAAUCGCCAGACAGGCAACUCAGAGCCAAAGUAUUCCGUCGAAAAGGGUACUAAUUAACGAUCCGAAUCAACUACCUGCCGAUUAUUCGUCGACGCCCGGAGGAACUCUUUAUUCGACGACACCAGGAGGUACCCGGAUCGUCUAUGAAAGAGCGUUUCUCAUGAACUUGAGGAACUCUCCAAUCUCAAGAACUCCUCCACGGAACAUCCCAGCUAUACCUGCUGACCUUCUUAAGGGUCCACCAGCAAUAUCGACGAUUCCUAGUCCAACUAUAAAAGAUAUUCCAGUGAUCGAGGAAACCCCGGAGCAAUUUGAGAUGGAUAUGUGAAACUGAAAGGUUGAGAAAAAGGAGAAAAAAACAAAAGAAAAGGAUUGUACAAUCUACGUGAUUACAAUGUGUGUUCAUGUUUCCUGAUAUACCGGAAGAUAGUAGUUUAAAUCAUUCGUAAGAGUAAGGAUUUUUGUUGAAUUUUGCGUCGUCACGCCUUUCGAAGCAUAUUUGAUGAAUAACAAAAAGAAGAAAAUUUUCUAGCAUGUUAAUGGCUGUGGAACGUUAACCGCUCCUGCUAGGUAUAUUUUGAUAAUUACAUGAGAUAAAAAAAAAAACCAUAUUUUGAGAGAGCUUAUAUUCGUCAAUAAAUGAUGCAAUAAUAUGUUAAAUUGAUGACGAAUCUAACUGUUCAGAUUUCGCUCAUUGUUUUAUAUUGAAUAAUAAUAUCAUGAUUAUAUAGUUUCCUAUCCAUGAUAUCGAAUACAGAUACGAAAAGAA